AAGGCCCAAACCAACCCCUGGCCCAGAAGUGGACAGUGGACAUGCCGAUCUCAUCAAAGCCAAAAAUUAAAAGAAUAAAAAAGAGAAAAAAAAAAAAAAAUCUCAUCUCGUCUUAUUCUUUUUUCGUCUUGCAUCUCUAAAGGUUCUUUCUUAUCCAUCCAAACAGCGAAAGGAAAGAACAAAAACGAAGAAUUUACCAUUUUUCACUGUUUAACUCGACCAAGAGGAAUCACAAUGGAAGCAGCUGAACCAAGAAGAAUAAUUUAAUAAUUUAAUAAUUUAAUAUUGUUUUAGAGAAGAGGAUAACGAAAAGGAGGGGAAAAGAUUGGAUGGGGACGGGAGCAUCGAGGAACGCAGAGGGAGGGUCGCAUGGAGGGGAAGAAAGAGAGGAGAGCCUUGACCAAGCUGGCGGUCAACUUUACGUUUCGUUGAAGAUGGAGAAUUACAAGAAGAAAGGAGACCUUAUUCCUCAUGUUUAUGGCUCCGUUCCUAUCGUUGGCUCUUGGGAUUCCUCUAAAGCUCUUUCAAUGGAGCGUGAAUCGGCUUCAAUGUGGGAAUUGAGCUUUGUUGUUCCUCCUAAUCACGAAACUUUGGAUUUCAAGUUCCUCUUGAAGCCUAAAUAUGGCUAUGCUCCUUGUAUUGUUGAGGAGGGCCCAAAUCGGCUCCUCACUGGGGGUACCUUACAAGGGGAUGCAAGGCUGGCACUAUUUAGGCUAGAUAAUGAGGAGGUUCUUGAGUAUCGGGUGUUCAUUAAGGCUGACAGGGUUUCGCCGUUUGACCUUGCGGCUAGUUGGAGAGCUUAUCAAGACAAUCUCCGGCCUUCAACUGUUCGUGGAAUUCCUGAUGUCAGCAUCAAUGCAGUGCCAGAGGCAGGUCUGGAGAAUGGCUCUGCGGCCAGUUUGGAGCUUGACCUUGAGCAUUAUGUUGUGCCUGCUCCGUCCACUUCUGCGAACUCAGGUCUGGUUUAUGCAGCCAACCUGGCAGAAACUCCACGGUCACUAGCCCUCACCGGCGUUUCUGUUGAUCGACCUGCAACUUUAAAGGAGAUGGAGGUUGUCUCUGGGAUGGUUGAAUCAAAAUCUGUGGUGACCAUUUCACCUUUGCAAAAGCAAGAUAGUCACAGGGGGCUCUUUGUGGACAGGGGUGUUGGAUCUCCCAGGCUGGUCAAAUCCAUGAGUGCAACUACUUUUACUUUUGAUCUUAAAUUGGACUCUGAAACCAAGAAUUCGAUGCCAGCAGCUGCUGGAGCUGUUGCAGCUGCAGCUGUAGCUGAUCAGAUGCUUGGACCAAAGGAGGAUAGACAUCUAGCAAUUGUCCUGGUUGGUUUGCCAGCUCGAGGAAAGACCUUUACUGCUGCUAAACUUACAAGAUAUCUUCGCUGGUUGGGACAUGAUACUAAGCAUUUUAAUGUUGGGAAGUACCGGCGGCUCAAACAUGGUACAAACCAGACUGCUGACUUUUUCCGAGCAGACAAUCCUGAAGGCGUGGAGGCACGUAAUGAGGUAGCAGCCUUGGCAAUGGAUGAUAUGAUAGCUUGGAUGCAAGAAGGUGGCCAGGUUGGAAUCUUUGAUGCAACUAACAGUAGCAGGAGUAGACGGAAUAUGUUGAUGAAAAUGGCUGAAGGAAAAUGUAAGAUUAUUUUUCUAGAAUCGAUAUGCAAUGAUGAACGGAUUAUUGAAAGAAACAUUCGCCUUAAAAUUCAACAAAGCCCUGACUAUGCAGAAGAGCCAGAUUUUGAUGCUGGAUUACGAGACUUUAGAAAUCGAUUAGCUAAUUAUGAAAGGGUUUAUGAACCAGUUGAAGAAGGGUCUUACAUCAAAAUGAUUGAUAUGGCUAGUGGGCAUGGUGGACAAAUACAAGUAAACAACAUCAGCGGCUAUCUUCCUGGACGAAUUGUCUUUUUUUUGGUUAAUACGCAUCUCACCCCUCGCCCGAUAUUCCUUACCAGGCAUGGGGAGAGUUGUGAUAAUGUUAGAGGCAGAAUUGGUGGUGACAGUGUAUUAAGUGAUACUGGAGAAAUUUAUGCAAAGAAACUCGCAAACUUUGUUGAGAAGCGACUGAAAUCUGAAAGGGCUGCUUCUAUAUGGACCAGCACCCUGCAGCGAACAAUUCUGACAGCAAGUCCAAUUGUUGGAUUUCCCAAGAUACAAUGGCGUGCACUUGAUGAGAUUAACGCUGGAGUAUGUGAUGGAAUGACUUAUGAAGAAAUAAAGAAGAAUAUGCCAGAGGAGUUUGAAUCUAGACAGAAAGACAAGUUGAGAUAUCGUUAUCCUCGUGGAGAAUCUUAUCUGGAUGUUAUUCAAAGGCUUGAACCUGUAAUUAUUGAGCUUGAGCGACAAAGAGCACCAGUUGUAGUGAUAGCUCACCAGGCUGUGUUGAGAGCAUUAUAUGCUUAUUUCGCUGAUAGGCCUCUCAAAGAAAUUCCUCACAUUGAGCCAAAACUAAUCGAGGAAUCCACCGCGUUGCAGCCUCGCAGCAAUGGUACGUAGGCGAGGGUUUGGGCCAAGGAAGUCACGAGCCUACUGGCACAAAAGUUCGAUAACUUACCCGAAAUGAUGCAGCAAAAAGAGGUGGAAGCUGAGCAAGUCAUCGUUUCUAUCAGUGGACUUGAGGUUAUGGAGUCAAAAAGGAAGCUCUGUCUGGUUGGAAUCACAUGGGAUCCCUGAACCAAAAAGAACCCCUCGCCCUCAGUUGUGUUCGGUGACCCUACUUUUCUUGCCCUUCCAAUUAUGUAGCAGAAAAGACACAAAAAGAAGUGGAAUUGCAAGUAAUGUGAUUAAAUUAAAAGUCACAAAAGAUUUGUUUUAGGCAUUGGGAUCCCUAAAACAGUCACAUGAAUCCGAUAAGGCGAUAACCCAUUCCUCAGCUGCCGUCGCCUUCACGAGUCCUUCAUUUCAAACAUUUUUCUCCCCUAUGUACGACUCUCAUUUGCCCCUUGGAUUAUGGGAUUCUCUUUUGACUUGGUUGUUACACUAAUUUAUGUGAAUAUAUACAUUAUUACUUUAAAAAGGAGAGAAAGAAAGAGAGCUGGUCUCGCUGACUAACGCACUCAAAUGUUUAAGGGCAGAAUUUCCACAAUUUAGGCUUGGUUUGGAUCUUUAGUGAGGUGCAGUAGUUAGCAAUAAGAAAGUUAUUUUUAUUUUCAAAUACAUAGUCA